UUACAACCCCUUAUCUGAAAACAUUUUGGCCUGAUGUUUCAAAAUUAGAACUUUUAUUAGAAAGAUGUAUCUGCUAUAUAUUAUGCAACACUCGAGCAAGUCUGGAGCUGCACUGUAAUGAAACACGCCAGUAUUUCUGUAGAAGACAUGAAACACCAAGCCUUGGUUCCCGUUCAGGCCAGAUUUUACUCAUAAAGCUGUUAGGUAAGACAGAUGAAGGAUUGGGACUUGUAAUGACACGUUAAUCUGGAAUCCAGUUCCUGAUAUUUGAUAUCUAGUUUAUAAGCACUGCAAACUUGGCCUUUUCAUCCUCAGAAAUCAAAGUGUUACUUAAAACGAAAUACAAAUAGUUUAUUUCAAGAGGUAUAUGUAAAAUGGGUUAUCCUGUGAAACUAAGUUAAUUACAUCAUGAUCUUCUAUAAGGUGUCCAACUCCGCUGUGGUUAAAAACCCUAUUUCUUGGCGGGACAAUAAAAGACGCCAGAUCAAUCACAAGCUUGCAGCGCGAGCAUCCCUGAGGGCUUCAAGGACUCCUGUAGAAGGAGAGGGAGGCCGGGGAUGGUGCAGAGUCCUGCAGCAUAUCUAUCGGGGGCUAACUUCAGCCUUAAUGGAUGAAGCGACAGAAGAGUUCAAGUAGGGAUCUGUACGGCGACUGUUUUCUUGCCAGGGCACUCGGUGAACGCUAAGAUUCUUUUUUAUGGCGCUGGUAUAAAUUUUUGCUUGGAGACUGAAAAAAGCGUCGCACGGGGAAGGGUAGCAGCGACUGGUAAACCACAAGUGGAGCCAUAAGUGGAAGGGAAACUGCGCAGACAUCUGCACGAGUUGGGUGAAAAUGGGUCUGAGCCAUCCGUUCCCGCAAGCGACCCGGAUGAUUAGGUACGCCAGGCCCGGAGACCUUGCGCAGUCCCGGGCCAGAACUUUUGUGCUCCACCCGCAGCAAGCUGCUAACUGCUACCCGCCAAAGUGCGGACCGUUCAUCGGGCGUCAGGCAAGCCUCUCCCAGGCCGGCAGCCUCCCGGGGGAGGGGCGGUCGGGUCUCCCUAGAGCGCAGGCCCGGCCCAGACUUCCAGAACGCGCCCUCGCAGCUUUCCACCAAUCCCCGUUCCCCAGUGGCCACGGGGCGGGACCCUCGCGGCCUUACGUCUAAUUCCCUCUCUUCCGCGGCCUGCGGUGGGCGGGCGCCGCAGCUGUGGGUUGCGGGGCAUUAGGCGAAGGACCCGCAGGCCCUCCGGACAGCGCUGCCUCCCUCCCCGAACCCUUCUGGCGCGGGGCAAAGUUAAGUCGUGCAGAACGGAGUUAAAGAGACCAGAACGGCGGAGGUGCCGGACUCGGCGGAGGUGUCGUGUCGCCUGGCAUCUGGUCUGCCGGGGUCGGAGAGGUACCCCCGAGCGUGUUUCUCCCUUCCACCGUCAUCAGCCUAGUCCAAACCCCUGUGACCUCAAACCAGAAUUGUUGCAAUAGGCUCCUGGCAGAACUAAACAAUUCAUCGUGUGUACUGAUUUCCUAGUGUGAUUCAAUCAUGGAAAAUCAAUUGUCUAAAUCAAAUGAAGAACGAACAUUCCAGUACCAGGAUUCACUUCCAUCACUGCCUGUUCCUUCACUUGAAGAAUCAUUAAAAAAAUACCUUGAGUCAGUAAAGCCAUUUGCAAAUGAAGAAGAAUACAAGAAAACUGAAGAAAUUGCCCAAAAAUUUCAAAGUGGUAUUGGAAAAACAUUGCACCAGAAAUUACUUGAAAGAGCAAAAGGAAAAAGAAAUUGGCUGGAGGAGUGGUGGCUGAAUGUUGCCUACCUGGAUGUUCGUAUACCAUCACAAUUGAAUGUGAACUUUGCGGGUCCUGCAUCGCAUUUUGAACACUACUGGCCUCCAAAAGAAGGCACUCAGUUGGAAAGAGGAAGUAUAAGUCUUUGGCAUAAUUUGAACUACUGGCAGCUGUUAAGAAGAGAAAAAGUGCCUGUUCAUAAAGUUGGAAACACUCCUCUAGAUAUGAAUCAAUUCCGAAUGCUAUUUUCCACUUGCAAGGUUCCAGGAAUCACUAGGGAUUCAGUUAUGAGUUAUUUUAGGACUGAGAGUGAGGGGCAUUCCCCAAGUCACGUGGCAGUGCUGUGUCGAGGCCGAGUUUUUGUCUUUGAUGUAUUACACGAAGGAUGUUUGAUCACCCCACCAGAGAUUCUCAGGCAAUUGACAUACAUCCACAGGAAGUGCCAUAGUGAACCUGAUGGGCCUGGGGUACCAGCAUUAACUAGUGAGGAGCGAACUCAAUGGGCUAAGGCACGAGAAUAUUUGAUUAGUCUUGACUCAGAGAACUUGACUAUGUUAGAAAAAAUUCAGAGCAGUUUACUGGUAUAUUCCUUAGAGGAUGGCAGUCCACAUGUAACACCAGAAGAUUAUUCUCAGGUAACUGUAAUGGUCCUUACUGGAGAUCCAACAGUACGCUGGGGUGACAAAUCCUAUAACUUGAUUUGCUUUUCUAAUGGAGUAUUUGGCUGUAAUUGUGAUCAUGCUCCUUAUGAUGCAAUGGUUAUGGUGAAUGUCAGCUAUUAUGUUGAUGAGAAGGUUUUUGAGAAUGAAGGAAGAUGGAAGGGUUCAGAAAAAGUACGGGAUAUACCACUUCCAGAGGAGCUUGUUUUCACUGUGGAUGAGAAAAUAUUGAAUGACAUCAGCCAAGCUAAAGCACAGUAUCUCAAGCAGGCAUCUGAUCUGCAAAUUGUAGCAUAUGCCUUUACAUCUUUUGGCAAAAAGCUAACCAAGAAGUUGAUGCUUCACCCUGAUACCUUUAUUCAGCUUGCACUUCAGCUGGCCUAUUACAGACUUCACGGACGCCCUGGUUGCUGCUAUGAAACAGCUAUGACAAGAUAUUUUUAUCAUGGCCGUACAGAGACUAUGCGAUCAUGUACAGUAGAGGCAACCAGAUGGUGCCAGUCCAUGCAGGAUCCUCGUAACAGCCAUCUUGAGCAGCAGCAAAAGAUGUUACAAGCUUUUGCAAAACAUGAUAAAAUGAUGAAAGAUUGUUCAACUGGCAAAGGAUUUGACCGUCAUCUUUUAGGUCUUUUACUCAUAGCAAAAGAGGAAGGUCUCCCUGUUCCCGAGCUCUUUACAGACCCACUUUUCUCCAAAAGUGGAGGAGGUGGAAACUUUGUUCUCUCCACAAGUCUGGUUGGCUAUUCAAGAAUCCAGGGUGCGGUGGUCCCCAUGGUGCACAAUGGCUAUGGGUUUUUCUACCAUAUCCGAGAUGACAGGUUUGUUGUGGCCUGUACAGCCUGGAAAUCAUGUCCAGACACUGAUGCAGAAAAGCUAGUUCAGCUGAUUUUUAGUGCUUUCCAUGAUAUGAUGCAACUGAUGAACACUGCUCAUCUUUAGAGACUAAACUUGUUAUUAAGCACUUACCAAAAUAUGUCAUUAAGGUGGGUGCUGGGAGUGGGUUGGUGAUUUGAGAUAGGAGGGAAUGUUGACUUGAAGGAAACUUGGUAAGUGUAGAAAUGAGUACAAUCAUGCUUUCUAAAUUUACUCUGACAGAGGUAGAGAUAUUAUUUUUAAGUUUCCUCUGAUGCAGCAGCAAUGCAAAUUAUGAUAUAGUGAAUAUCGGUCAAACUAUGCAAAGUUUAAGAUAAGCCUCAACAAUGCAAAUCUACAAAUUGUAACAAUGCAAAUCUUACUCUUUUAUAUAUUUUUGUUGGUCCCUGAAUAGGUUAUAAAUCCUGCCUUUGAACAUCAUUGUAGAAUUUGUCUUUCAAGCACUUUAAGCUUUCCUAGUUGCCAAAGGAUAUGAAAUAUAUGAUUAGACGGUAAUUUUCCUAAAAUCAAAGACUUCCACACUCACUACAAGCAUAUAAGCCUAUAUGUUUGAUGGGAAAGACCACUACAACUGAAUGAUUUUUUUUUAAUAGAGGGUCUCUGCUGAAUAGUAGAAUAAAGUUGUGGAAGGGAGGUUUACACCUUCUGACACACAAAACCCUAACAAAAUUUAUUAUAGCAUAAUUAGUUUUGUGAAUAAAAAGUUAAAGUACUUAUAUUUCAAAUUAGUUGUGAGAGUUAGUGACUUUAAAAGGAUUAAAUGUUGAAUGAAAUUCUCAGGAUUUUACAGCUUGGUUUUCUUUCCACUGUUAAAUUUUAUACUUUCUACUCCCAGAAAAUAAAACUCUCAAAAUGCUA